CACACAGUUUUCUUCCAAGCUCUAAACUGGGGGCAGACAGGGCAGCUCACGGACCUAGGAGAUAGCCAGCCCUUGGGGUGGCGGAGGAGGGACCUGCCCCACUGGACUGGGAAUUCACCCCGGCCCCGCCCAGAGACCCCGGCUCCCCGCCCCUCUGCACUCGAAGCCCCGGGGCGCAAGGCUCUGGAGAUCUCCGCCGCCGAGCUGUCGCAACUGCCACCCCCCCACUCUUCCCCUGCCCCUCUCUCCCGCCCCCACCCCGGCCCCCCUCCCCUCCCACCCCCGCCCCCGGCUCUGAUUUCGUCUCCGGAGUUCUGGAGAAGGCAGAAGCUCUGGCUCUCCCCGUCCCUCCGCCUCUGCCUCUCCCUUCUCUCCCGGGAUGGGGUUGGGAGUUGUAGCCGCUGCCGCCAGGCUGCCCCACUGCUCCCCUUGAAAGCCCGCGAUCCCCUCGCCCCAGCUUCAUAAGCUCGCCCUCGGGUUUCUAUCCCUCCCGCCCUUCCCCAAAAGCCGGAGCCCAGCCGUCGAGAUGCUACGGCCAGCUCCGACUCGACUGGGACUUGUCCUGCUUUUGCUCUGUCCCGCCCACGUCGGCGGGCUCUGGUGGGCUGUGGGCAGCCCCCUGGUCAUGGACCCUACCAGCAUCUGCCGGAAGGCUCGGCGGCUAGCAGGACGGCAGGCAGAACUGUGUCAGGCUGAGCCUGAGCUGGUGGCGGAGCUGGCACGGGGUGCCCGGCUAGGUGUAAGGGAGUGCCAGUUCCAGUUCCGAUUCCGACGCUGGAACUGUUCCAGCCACAGCAAGGCCUUUGGGCGAAUCCUGCAGCAGGAUAUCCGGGAGACAGCCUUCGUCUUUGCCAUCACGGCAGCUGGAGCCAGCCAUGCGGUGACCCAGGCCUGUUCCAUGGGAGAGCUGUUGCAGUGUGGCUGCCAAGCCCCCCGUGGACGGGCCCCCCCACGGCCCCCUGGGCUCCCCCACCUCUCUGGCACUCCGGGUCCUCCGGGCCCUGGGAGUUCUUUGGAUGGCAACGCAGCCUGGGAGUGGGGGGGCUGUGGGGACGAUGUGGACUUCGGGGAUGAGAAGUCCCGGCUCUUCAUGGAUGCUCGGCACAAGCGGGGACGGGGUGAUAUCCGGGCACUGGUGCAGCUACACAACAAUGAGGCUGGACGGCUGGCGGUGCGGAGUCACACGCGCACGGAAUGUAAGUGCCACGGCCUGUCGGGCUCCUGCGCCCUUCGCACCUGCUGGCAGAAGCUGCCCCCGUUCCGGGAGGUGGGAGCCCGGCUGCUGGAGCGCUUCCACGGCGCCUCCAGGGUCAUGGGGACCAACGAUGGCAAAGCUUUACUGCCGGCCGGCCACACCCUCAAGCCCCCGGACCGCGCCGACCUGCUCUACGCGGCCGACUCGCCCGACUUCUGCUCGGCCAACCGGCGGACGGGCUCCCCGGGCACGCGGGGCCGCGCCUGCAACAGCAGCGCCCUGGACCUGAGCGGCUGCGACCUGCUGUGCUGCGGCCGGGGACACCGGCAGGAAAGCGUGCAGCUCGAGGAGAACUGCUUCUGCCGCUUCCACUGGUGCUGCGUGGUGCAGUGCCACCGCUGUCGCGUGCGCAAGGAGCUCAGCCUCUGCCUCUGAAGCGGACGUGCCCUUGCCCCGCGCCCCCGAACCUCAGGAGGCUGAGCCUGCGUCUUGGGUCGCCAGCCGGAGGCGGCCGGACCCCGGCCGAGAACGGCCUCGCGCUGGUCUCAGCAGGGGAGUAUUUAUCCUCUGUCGGAGAACUUGGGCAAAGGAUGUCUGGCUUCCCGAAUCAUAGGGGCCCAUUCUUCCAGGAGCAGAAACCGAUGCAGGCAGGAAAAGGGACUGUCGAACAACUAGUGCUCCUGGGUGCCAGUAUAACGGGCGAUGCUGUGGAGGGAGCUCCCUGCCCUGCUCAAUUCUAAACGACAAAUCCUUCAGUACCUUCCGAUAAAGAUGGAGAUUUGGAAUGGGGAUCAGGGUAAUCUUAAAGCACUGUCUGGGAAAUGGGAGAAAAGCCAAGGGGAACACACUGGAGGAUGGGGACCCCUAAUGACAGGGGUUGGGGAGGGCACCAGGAGGUAGCAAAGGGGUGAUUUUUGGUACUAAUAAAGUUAUUUAAAGCAAGUA